UCGUCAGUCCCAGCCCCGGUCGGUCAGGUUGUUCAGCAGGUUUUGGCGACGGUAGCCAACACCAACCAGGCCAAACGAGUGAGUACGAGUCCAUCUGACAUCCUCCCAACUGUCACAUCCUAUGAACUGCAUCCCUCUCCAUCCCUUCAAGCCAACUGUCUAGAUAUUACUAGCCAUAGGCCUCAUUUCUCCCCUACUCUAAGAAAGCAAAGCAAAGGUACAAAGUCACCAACUUGCAGUUGGAGCCAAAUGAAGCUCGGAGGCAUAUGGAAGUUCAAUAGAAAGUAGUUAUUUAUUCAUAAAUACCAACGCGUUUCAUCUGUGUGCUUUCCGCUAUCAGAGGCUGAAUAUCUCUUGUACACCCCAUCUCUAAGAACUCAGCAACUCUGUGUAGUUCCUGGAGUUCCAGUGUACUUGGCUGACCGCUGGCCUGCGUUGUUAUAGGAUAGAGUAGAAGGUCAUUAUGACAGGGCUGUGAAAUGCCCCAGGUCCCUCCCAUGUGUCGGCGGAGGAGUGAUACAAGUGGUGACUGGGUAGGAACUGAUUCAUACAGGGGAACUCUCUCACACAUCAUACCUCAGUCCGAACCAGGUUCAAGUUUAUGGGAUGACCAAAGCAUGCAUGACUCAUAGCCUACACAAAGAAACACUCACAGAAAACACUGCAUAUACGAACACUAAAACACUGUUUUGCAAUAAACAGAAUCCAAAGUCUGAGUAGUGAGAUGAACUAAAUCACAUAGCUUUGACUUAAGACAAACAUGAACAUUGAUUGUUGGGUUCUCUAAAACAACAUUGAUGGUGUUUUUCAUGUUUUAAUGUGUUUUUCGCCUUAACUUCACUCUCUUACUUUGUGAGUAGUUAUUCUUGAAAACAUGGCAAUGAGAGAUGUACAAACUGUCCUUCUGUUGUUUUACUCCUCAGAAUUCUACUCAAGGCAUACUGAAGGUGUCUGCUGAAAGUAUCCGUUCGGCUUCCCCCCAGGGUUUUGUGUUUGGUAAGUAUAUAAAGCUAAGAUGUUUUAGAUGCUCAUCAUAUCAAAAUGCGUUGGAAAAUGCCUUCCACCUAGUGUUGAUGUAUUUUUCCCAGGUAACUUUUUUCAAGGGUUUUUAUAUACUAGAAAUUUACACAAUUUCAGGGUGAACCAUUCAUACAUUACAUCCAUUUGAUUAUUCAUUAUAUUACAUAUUUUAUCAGCUCUUAGUAUAAUUUGUAUUAGAACCCUUUUGUCAUGCUUAUUUUAAUGCCAUCUCCUUCUGUCCCUCUCUCCCAGGCGGACCCCCUAAAGCUGACGCCCUGGCCCCCUCCAGCUCAGCCCCGUCACUAGGGGAGCAGAGCAGCAAAGCCUUCUCCUCCUUUACCACAGCGUGAGUCUCUGGGGGUCAGGGGUCAGAGAGGGAAACUUCAUGUCACUCCUUCUUGAUUAGAAAACAGGAAAGUUGAAUGAUAGAAAUAGACCUAUGGCUGACUGUGUUUUCUCAUACUUUAUGAUGCUUUCGGACAGGUCUGCCGGGGGCUUCAGUUUCUCCUCUAUGUCCCAAGGAGCUCCACCAGGUACCUCUCUCUCAAAUGUACAGCCAAAUAUGACACUCAUUGGUUUUAUUAGACAGUAAAGUCAGUGCUAUAGUUCGUUGAAUGCCAUAUCAAUGAAUUACCGUAAAACUUCAAUUAAUAGCCCGGCCGUUUAUUUGCUUAAAUCACUGAAGACAACAGGUGCAUUAGAGACAGGCUUCUAUUUGAGCCAGACGUCUAUUUCCUUAAUGCACACAGCUUUUGCUCAUUUGCAUAGUUAAUUGUUUAAUUCCAUCAUUCACUUACAUCAUUUCAUUUCAUGUAACAAAUCAAACAGUAAACCUCAUAAACAAUUCAUUUAGAACCAGCGUUUAUUUGAAACAGGCAAGUAUUUACUGAAAUGUGUGCAGUUGCCGGCUAUUAAAAGGGACAGACAGCUAUUUGAGACUCAGCGUUUAAUUGAAGUUUUACGGUAGUCAUUUAUUAAAUCCAUUAGUUGAAAGCGUUUCAAUAUCUGGCAUAGUUUGUAAAUCUGCUGUCCAUUUUUCUUCCUCCCCAGUGAAGGACGCAAGUAAAUUCUCCUUCAGCAGCGCUGGCGGCGGCACCACCGGCAAGAUGAUGUUCAGCUCCUCUGCCGGGGAGGAACCCUUCUCCUUCAUCCCAAAAUCCUCUUCCCCUGCCCUGGGGGGCACUAGCCCCCCACCCCCCAGCAUGUCAGGGGAGCCUGUGAGGCCCACCCCCACCUUCAGAGUGGAGCCCCAGGCCCCCAAGGUGGUAGGAGGAGAGACCCUGGGGAGUUUCUCUGGUCUACGCGUGGGCCAGGGGGAUGAAGAGAAGCCCUCAGCGGCCGCGUUUAGCUUUGGCCAGCCGGACAGUGGAGUGGGGCUAGGUUUAGGCACAGGGGCGGCCCAGUUUAGUUUUGGGUCGGCCCCCCAGCAAGGGAAGCCAGCUGAGGCUGCGUUUGGUGAGGCGGAUUCUACCGUGACAGACUUAUCCAAGACUGCAUUCAAGCCUUCCGAACCGGCAGCCCUGUCGAUCACCAAGCCUGCGUUCUCCACGUCAGCAGCCACCUCCUUCAGCAGCCUCCUAGCUGCACCCCUCUCUUCCCCGUCCCCCACCUUGGAGGAAAUGCCCCCCAAAGACCCCACCCCCCCGUCAGACCACACUCCACCCCCAGAGCCUGCUCCCUCACAGCCCAGCCCCUCCGUCAGCCCCCCUGUUGCUGAGCCUGAGGUUACUACCUCCCCAGUGCCCUCAGUCAUCCCCACCCCUACCAUCCCUGAAAAAGCCCCAACUCCCCCUGCCCCCUCCCCAGCUCCCCCUUCCGCCUCCACCACCCCACCAGCCCAGGCAGCCCCCAGCACUACCCUAGACCCUGUCCCGGCCCCCGAGGCCCCACCACCUGCUAUCACCACCACCCCGGAGGCCCCACCACCAGCCUACCCGGCCCCUAGCUCUGACAAACCUGGUUCCAUCUUCACCCAGCCACCGGCCAUCACCACAGAUAGCACCACUGUAGACGUCACCAGCCUCACCCCGGUCAUCAACACCGCAGCCCCCGCUGCCACCACCACCACCCCUACCGACUCCAACACCACAGCCCCGGCCACAGGCUCUGUAUUCGGACAGCCUGCUCCAGCGUCUGCCGGCGGCUUUGGUUCCACUGGCUUUGGUGCUCCCCCAGCUGCAGGUGCAGGGGCUGGCUUUGGGAAACCCGUAUUCGGACAGACAGUAGGCGGGUUCGGCCAGCCUGUUGCUAACGCAUCCGGUGGCUUCGGUUUUGGCCAGUCUGCGUUCGGGGCCAGCCCUGGAUUUGGACAGCCCGCAGCGGCCACGGCUGCUGCAGCUGCCAGUACCACUGCUAGUGGAGGUGGUCUGUUUGGAGCCCCCAGUGCCAGCAAUGCCAGCAGUUUUUCCUUUGGCACCCCCAGCGCCAGUACGGCCAGCAGUACGGGCACGGGCCUGUUUGGGCAGCCGAGCGCCACCCCGGCCUUCGGGCAGCAGAGUGCUGGGUUUGGACAAGGCUCUGUGUUUGGAAGCAACACCACCACCACAUCCUCUACUGGCUUCAGCUUUGGACAGCCUGCAGGUGAGUGUGUAUGUGAUAUGUCACGUGUUUCUGAAAAUGCACUAAUUCGAAGUAGCGUUUAGGCCUCUGCAUUCCAUAUCAGAAAACUGGGAACUGGUUCAACCCUAUAAUUCAUCAUCAAUGUAAUGUUAUGUAUUUUAUAUGUGGCAGACAGUUCAGGACAGUGUCUUAUUGGAAGAGUAUCCCUUGGACAUCACCAUGACACUGUAUGAAGUUGUUUUAAGCCUCUAGCAUUUACACAGACAGCCUCUCAAGCUGUCCAAUCUGUCUUUUUUAUUGACUGGAUGUACAAUCUCUUUAGGAAUCAGAUGAUACCUUAAAUGAUUGGAUUACCAGAUUCUAGUUGAUUUUGAGAAAUGCUCUCCAAACUCCAUAUUUAGGACUACUAGGCUGAUAUUAUUUUAGCCAUGGUAUGUUGACCUAUACAAUUACAGCAUACAUUGCCUUCGGAAAGUAUUCAGACCCCUUUACUUUUUCCAAAUUUUGUUACGUUACAGCCUUAUUCUAAAAUUGAUGAAAUAUGGAUUUUUCCUCAUCAAUCUACAGAAAAUACCCCAUAAUGACAAAAGCAAAAAAAGGUUUUUCAAUUUUCUUUGCUAAUUUAUUAAAAUAAACUGAAAUAUCACGUUUACAUAAGUAUUCAAACCCUUUACUCAGUACUUUGUUGAAGCACCUUUGGCAGUGAUUACAGCAUCGAGUCUUCUUGGGUAUGACGCUAUAAGCUUGGCACACCUGUAUUUGGGCAGUUUCUCCCAUUCUUCUCUGCAGAUCCUCUCAAGCUCUCUCAGGUUGGAUGGGGAGCGUCAUUGCACAGCUAUUUUCAGGUCUCUCCAGAGAUGUUCGAUCGGGUUCAAGUCCGGGCUCUGGCUUGGGCCACUCAAGGACAUUCAGAGACUUGUCCCGAAGCCACUCCUGCGAUGUCUUGGCUGUGUGCUUAGGGUCAUUGUCCUGUUGAAAGGUGAACCUUCGCCCCAGUCUGAGUUCCUGAGCGCUCUGGAGCAGGUUUUUAUCAAGGAUCUCUCUGUACUUUGCUCCGUUCAUCUUUGCCUCGAACCUGACUAGUCUCCCAGUCCCUGCCGCUGAAAAACAUCCCCACAGCAUGAUGCUGCCACCCAUGCUUCACCGUAGGGAUGGUGCCAGGUUUCCGCCAGACGUGACGCUUGUCAUUCAGGCCAAAUAGUUCAAUCUUGGUUUCAUCAGACCAGACAAUCUUGUUUCUCAUGGGCUGAGAGUCUUUAGGUGCCUUUUCGCAAACUCCAAGUGGGCUGUCAUAUGCCUUUUACUGAGGAGUGGCUUCCGUCUAGCCACUCUACCAUAAAGGCCUGAUUGGUGGAGUGCUGCAGAGAUGGUUGUCCUUCUGAAGGUUCUCCCAUCUCCACAGAGGAACUCUAGAGCUCUGUCAGAGUGACCAUCAGGUUCUUGGUCACCUCCCUGACCAAGGCCCUUCUCCCCCGAUUGCUCAGUUUGGCCGGGCGGCCAGCUCUAAGAAGAGUCUUGGUGGUUCCAAACAUCUUUCAUUUAGGAAUGAUGGAGGCCGCUGUGUUCUUGGGGACCUUCAAUGCUGCAGAAAUGUUUUGGUACCCUUCCCCAGAUCUGUCCCUCGACACAAUCCUGUCUCGUAGCUCUACGGACAAUUUCUUUGACCUCAUGGCUUGGUUUUUGCUCUGACAUGCACUGUCAACUGUGUGGGACCUUAUAUAGACAGGUGUGUGCCUUUCCAAAUCAUGUCCAAUCAAUAGAAUUUACCACAGGUGGACUCCAAGUUGUAAAAACAUCUCAAGGAUGAUCAAUGGAGACAGGAUGCACCUGAGCUCAAUUUCGAGUGUCAUAGCAAAGGGGCUGAAUACUUAUGUAAAUAAGGUAUUUCAGUUUUUUAUUUUUAAUAAAUUUUCAAGCAUUUCAAAAAAACUUUUCGCUUUGUCAUUAUGGGGUAUUUUGUGUAGAUUGCUGAGAAUUUGUAUUUAUUUAAUCCAUUUUAGAAUAAGGCUAUAACGUAACAAAAUGGGGGAAAAGUCAAGGGGUCUGAAUACUUUCCGAUGGCGCUGUAUGUAGGGAAUGAAGCAAUGGGGCGUCCUUGACAAAGGCAGUUACCCCAGUUACUCAUCCAGUCAGAGCUGCUGCCAAAGUGCUUAAAUUAAUGUAGUUGUUUUCCUUCUGUGGGACUGAGCAGCAUCAUUAGGAAAGGUAUUUAUCACGCCAUUAGGAUAAUGGAGCUUAGAGAGAAGCCCUCUACUCUCUGAUACAGCCUCAUCCAGUCCAAUCCCAUCCAUCCAUCAGGGCAUGUUAGGAUCUGCUGGUAUUGGCUGGCAGACCAUACUGCUCCAUAUGUCCAUGGGUCAUAGGCCUCUGUUAAACCACUAUGCUGGAGGAAGUUGGCAUUAACCACUGGUCUAGGGUCAGUUUUGUUUCACCUAGUACCGAUGUGGUUAGGUUUGAGGAUGGUGGUUAGCUGAUCCCUGAUCUUUACAUAUAGGGGCAAGUUAUACCUUGACCCUGUAAACGCCAGUAUAUGGUGUACGCUCUACUUAUUGCCGGGACGAUACCAGUAUCGCGAUAGUCGUUAGUAUUGUGACAAGGAAAACAAAACACGAUGCGAAUUUAACUUCUUUAGGAAAAUAGCCCUAAUGUUGGAAACAAACAUUGUUGUUAUCCAGAGUCACAUGUAUUUAUUUUCCAAGAUAUAGCCAUAUUUUACAUACAGCAGGUUUUUAAAUGACCGAAAAGUUAGGGCUGCUUCAUGUUUUAAUUUUUGCCAAUGGAAAAAUAUUGCGUUACUGGUAUUGUCACAGCCCUACUAUACAUGUAAAAAAAAUUGCGGAACUGCAAAUUACAGAAGAUUCUACGUUUAUUUGAUUAUGCAAAUUACAGUACCAACCAAGACAAGUGCCAUGAUGAUAAUGAAAUUAACCAAGCCCUUGCAAUAUGUUUUGAAGAGAUAAGCUACUGAACCUUAUUCAAUUGGAACUGUCAGCAUUUUAGCGACAUGAAAUCUUAUUGAAAUCUGUUCAAAUACACCACCAGGAAGAAUAUAACACAUUUUCUGACAAGCGAGCACUUAGAUAUGGUCAUUUUCACAUUUUCAUAAAUUCUUAGAAUGUUUGGGAAUGAUGUAUACUAAUUCAUUUGUGAAAAUUCUAUAGCAAUAUAGAGUGGGAAAGCAGCCGUGCGUUUGGACAAUGAAUUGACACUGCAGUAAAUAAAAACAUCUCCAGGACUGUAAUCUACACAGACCGGUGAGCCAUAGCCAAUCGAAGCUUCAGUAGGCCUUUAUAUAAAUAAGCCAUUUCCCACAUGGGCCUGCCAUCAUUCACUUUGAACUGGACUGUGUGUUUACAGGCAGUAGCAACAGCGCGACUUUAGAUCAUUAGAACGCAUUCGCCAAAAGCCACAAAAUACACCUGAAAGGAUUUCUGCAAAAAUGUAAAUACCACAGGGAACUUUACAGUCCGAUUGAUCAAACAACCAUGAAAAGGUAGGCUCUCUCCCUCAGUUAUGCACAUCAACAAUAAGAUCAACAACUAAUGCUAGCCAGUGUGAGAUGAGCUAAAAUCUAACAAAGGAACAUUAGAUAAACCCUCUCAAACUUUUUCAGCUAGUUGGCCAUCAACAUUUCACUGAUAAACGAUGGGUAGCCUGUUCGUCCUUCUGCAGCUUGCCUGCCAAUGCAUACUUGUCCCAACCAAGCACCCAAGCUAACUGGCUAAAGCUAGCUACUUCCAGAAAUAAAGAUAACACCUCACUCUGACCAGUAGAACUGGUUAGGCUGUUUACAUGUUAUCUAGAGCGUUCAUGACUAACUAUUACUUUUUUUGGCAAUGUUUACUGACACCGGUCAUAUUCAGCGGGUGUUGCACGUUCGUAAAUUAAUCAGUUAUUCUGCACACUCAGACGAGAGUGCUCUGAAAUCGGAGUAGAUGGAGUGAAUUUGAGAACGCAAGAGAUAUGCUAACUGGAUAACAGUUGUUCAGCAUAGCUAGCUAGCUAAGCAAAGCGAUUCACAUUUCUUGCUAGCUAACCAAAUGACACCUGCACCUCUAGCUGUGUAGCCACCGAAAAACGAUAUGAGGGGGAAAAGUUGUUCACUCACCCACUCCUCCAAUGAAAUUACAUCCUCCUAGCAGCAGCUAGCUAGCUAUCUAGCUAACGUUAGGCUCCGUGUUUUUAGCUUGCUACAUAAAUAGAUACGCUAGCCUAUUUGCCACGUUAUGACUGACUUGUGAUCAUUGCCCUUGCUAGUUUGAUUGUAUUGACAUUCCCCAGCCUUAGUUACAUUCGUCCGUUUUUGUCCAAAAUAUUGAGUCAUUGAAACUGAAACAGUGUGUCAGGGUUGAGUGUAGAGGUGGUGUAGAAUCAGGCGCAGGACACAGAGGUUACGAACAGCGUCUUUAGUAAAGUCCAAAAUGAGCCAAACACGGCAACAGGCUACAGGUGAACUUUACGCACAACAGUAAAGUAUGCUACGGCGCACAAAGUGCGGAACUCUCUCUCAAAACACAAAAUACAGAGAGAACAGAAAAUGUCGAACUAGCACACAACGUGACACGGAAACAAUUACACACAACACCUGACCAAACUCAAGAGAACUAAAUAGGACACCUAAUAAACACUAAUAAGGAACAGGUGUAGCAACACAGACAAAACCAAUCAAACAUAGAAACAUAGAACGGUGGCAGCUAGUACUCCGGAGACGACGACCGCCGAAGCCUGCCCGAACAAGGAGAAGGAGAAGGAGCAGCCUCGGCCGAAACCUGGACACAGUGCAUCCCGAAUGGAGGCAGCAAACAAUGUACCAGGCCAGCUGUGAUUUACAACCUGAUAGCAAAAAGACAUUGACUACCAAAAAAUGUAUUGGUGAAUUAUAUUAAUCAUGCAUUGAACUGCAUCCAUCUAUUCUGGCAACAAUGCCUUACUGUACGUCAUGGAAUGUUGAAUAAAAUAUAACCUAUUUUUAAAACCUCUUAUAACGUUGGUUUUGUAGCAUAAACUGGGAAUGUUGAUGUUUUUUACAGAUAUGAUUGUCUGUUUCAUAACUGCAAAGUAGUUAAAUCGCUAUCAGUUCAACUUUAAUUAAGAAGCCAUUAUUAUGGCACCACGUAAAAAAAAAUAAUUGGGGUGGUGUAGGAGUGUUGAGCAGGGAGUUGCCCUAUUCCCAGGGAUUCUCUGAAUUCCCACCCGUGCCAAGAGGGGCUGGAUGGGCUGCGGGAUGACAGUUGACCUGUCUGUGUGUGUCACAACAACUCAGCAGUUACAGAAGCAAUGUCUCGGUUCUGACUGUCUUAGGGCUCUGUGUUCCCACCCAGAUAGGCUUUCUGUUAUACCAUAGUGACAGUGUGUCUGUCUGGCCAUAUGCAUGCACUAAUAGUGGAAAUAGGCUUACAAUUCAAAGCCACGUUGUGAUUUACUUUUUCAUUUUAAUUACACAAAGAAUUUAACAUUUAAUGCCCCACCGGCUAACUACACCUAACAUACAAGAUGGAAUUGUGGAAGCAGGGUUAGUCACGCUGUCAGAAAGUGAUGAGGUGAACAGGAAACGGAUGAGGUUGUGAUGGGGUUUAAUUGAGCUCACUGGUGCGCAUGGUGUGUACCACUGUCAGUGCCUUUGUCAGUCUUUACUGUAUUAUAUAGGCAAUAGAUGAGGUGAGGAGAGCAGCCCUGGGUCAUACGGUCAUUUAUCUGCAGAGCCCCACAGCAGGUUAAACAUGAAUUAGGGCUACUUACCCUGCAUCAGAGCAGGCCUGGUCGAUGUCGCUCUUAACAGAGCUUGAUUAAGACGUUAUAGCCAAAGACCAGACUUCAUUAAAUCUGUCUUGAAACAGAGGAGGAACUGCCUGAAAUUGUCUAAUAAGAAAGCUCAAUUUUACAUCAUAGACAUGGCAGAAAUCAGAGAGACUUUGACUUUGCUCUGUAUGCCUAGGGGUGAUUUAGCAGUUUUGUAGAGAAGACAGUUAGUGGUAUCUAAGGGAGUGUUAAUAGCCAGGGUCAUGGUGUGUUUGUUUCUAAAUGUCUUUGUGCGGGUCUGAAGGUGACAGCAGCCAGUAUUUUGCUACAAUAGCCAACUAGCUAGCCACCAGGACAGCAACAGGUGUUACACUAUAAAUGGCCCCCAAAUUCCUAUUGAGUCUGGAUAUGUGUUCUUCAUUCCCAUGUAUUAUUUCUGUCCCCUUCACGGCUGGCUAGUUAUUUCAGGCAGUAUAUUGUCAGCAUAGUUAAGUGAACUAGCCAAAGGGCUGCUGUUACGUUUUAUUUCGUUGCACGUCCAUCGUCCGCAAACUGCACAUGAACAUUUGUUAAUAAAAAUGAAUGUUGACUGUUCCUUAGGGCUGUCCCCAACAUUUACAUUUUUUUUUUUAAAUUUUGGUCGACCAAGCCUUGUCAGUUCUUUCGACCAAUCGACUGGUCGAAAUAAAAAUAAAAUGUAUGUUUCCAUAUAUAGACACACUUUAUGUGAUUUAAUAAAAUCAACUAUAUGUAGGCUACUAAGCUUGUCUGAUGUUUUAAGCACAAUGUGAUUUAAAUAAUUAAGACACACAAAUGACUUGAGGGAGCAAAUCUAAAAGUACUAUGUAAAAAUAGCCUACCUAACACCAACAAAUAAAAACAUUGCAGCCUGCAGGUAGAACAUAUCCUGAUUAAAAAUAAAUCACAUUGGCUAUGCAUGGCCUGUCUGCAAGGAACUUGAAUCAUUGUAUCAACUUGGUCCAGCCUGAAGCUUGCACAAACAAACUUGCAACAUUGUAAAAAAUAUUCUGGACCCUCAGUUUCCCGGGCCAGUGACCUCCGGACAGACAUAGCUGUAGGCUAUUUGCUCAAGGGAUAAGAAGUAAUCAGGUAGGCCUAUUUUAUGACGUUUCCACCGGAUCGGAGCAUGACAUUUUUUCCCCCUUUCAUGCUGAGUGGUUAUCGAAAGAGAGCUGGAAAGAUUUUUCAAAUAGGCUACAUUGAGGAACUAUUGUCAUUCUCAAUGGAUGUAAAAAUAGACUUUGUUUACUUGCUGUUUGCGGUGAAGAAAACAUUUCUUACAGCUCAUUAGUGGUGGUGAGAUAUAAGACAAUCAGAAAUUCUAUCAGAUCCCCAAAUGGGCACAUUUAUAAGCCUACAUUUGCACGCAAGCCAGGUAGCCUAGGCCUACAUCUAUGUGUAAUCAGGUGCGUGUCCUUACUCAACAUUGACAGUAGCCCUCCAAACAAAACACAAUGAAUAAAUUGACAACUCAUAAAUAAAAUGAAAUAAACCAAAACUUGUUUCUCACAAGUGUAACCUAGGUUGUGCGCUCUGCAAACAACGUGUCCACUCCAACAAUGAGAACUGUAAAAGACUGUAAUAAUAAUAUAUUGAAUGCAUUAACAGAAAUUACGGUAACCAAACAAACAUUGUAGAUGAGAAAUGAUGGGAACUGUACUGCUGGUGAUACUGGUGCGCCAUCCCCUCGGCCUCCACAAUGGAUUAGUCCACUGAGACAGGCGUCAAUCAAGACAUGUGAAAUACAUUUUUAUUUUAUUUAUUUUUUGCAACUGCUCUACUAAAAUAUUAAAGGGGGAAUGAGCUUAGACCCAGGCAAAAUGGAAGUGGAAUAAAAGGGAAAUGUGGAGUUGGCUGAUGGGAGAUAUCCUUGGAUCCGCAGGGUAGUAUGGCUGGCAUUCUCACACACGCAGGCACACCCACACACACAGCACACACUCUGCCACACACACAGCAUGUACAUCCAUCUAGAGUUUGUGGCAUCGUGUCAGAGAUAAAAGUGGAGAGUGUGGGGAUUUGUCUUUUUCUGCUCCGCUGUCUUCCCCCCCCAGUCAUCUAAAACCUGCAAGGAAAAUAGUUCUGUCGCCAUAGUCUAAUGCUGCUGGAACGAGACCAUCCAUAAAAUGACUGCACUAGCAGCGUGUACACACACAUCCACAGUUCUGACUUCCUAGCACUGUCAUCAUUGCUAACCUUAAAUGACUGCACAUCCCAAGCACAAUUUGUGACAGUUUGCAUUGGUGUAUUGGUAGUACAGAGGCUGCUUAAUAUAUUUAAUGUGCUACUUAUUAUUUUCUGUCCUCUUCCCUCCCAGCUUUCGGAAGCUCCUCCACAACCUCAGUGUUUGGUCAACAGACCAGUGCUGGGAGUGUCUUUGGACAGGUAACAUUCACAUUUUGCUAUGUGUACAAAAUAGACAACCAUCCUACAAUUUGAUAUGUAACACUUCAGGGGAAGACUCCCAAAUGCCCCUCUUCAAAUGUGCACACACGCACCACUCAAAUACACAUUAGAUGUAUUAUUGCAUUUGGGUAAGAAUCAGGGAGAGAACUCAUCAGGGAGGCCCAUAUGUACUUGUUACUGCAUAACCAACACUGAUCAUUGUGACCUUGUUGUGGCUGUGCACCCCUCCCCCCUCUCCUACCCAGCAGCAGCCAUCCAGCGGUGGGGGUCUGUUUGGGUCUGGCUCUGCCCCGGCUGCAGGCUCCCAGCAGGCAGGGGGAGGCUUCUUCAGCGGCCUGGGGGGCAAACCCACUGAGGAUGCUGCCAACAAGAACCCCUUCGGCACUGCCACCGCCACCGGGGUCUUCGGACAGCCCAACCAGACAGGUGGGAGGACCUACAGGGGCCGAGAAGUGUUGUAGCAGAAAGGAUGACUCAUCUUAGAUUUAAACUUCCUGUUCAAUUUUAAGACUGAUGGGUGCAGUUAUCAUCAGUAGGGGGGACCCUUUCAUUGACAUCCCUCUUGCACAGAAUGAUAAAGUGGACUGCAAGCAAUACAAUGCAAAUCACCAAAGUUCUUAAAAUGAUAGCUAAAAAAUGUUUGAAUGAAUGUUAUCAAGAUAGAUGUUUUCAUGUGGGGGGAGGUAGCGAAUAUCAACAUAUUUUUUGUUUCUAAACACAGCCCAACGUAAAUCGAUUUUCCUCAGCAUUAUGCUGCGAGCCUUAAUCUCAUAAGCAGAAUAGUGAUUUAGCCUGUUGCUGCUGCAGGCACUGACAGCGUAUGUAUCUGUGCUGUCCUAUCUGUGACACGACACGAGUCUGCACCACCUUCUAUAGCUCCCGGUCAUAUGGCACUGCUCAACAGACUGGCAUAGUUUUCCAUAUAGGCUUGUAUCUGUAUGUUUUCUUAUUCCUCUAAUGCACACAAACUGUAUCGAAUCAUCCAUGUUUGUUCUGUAGAUUAAUGCAAAUAUGUUCAUAUUUUCCCAACCUUUGAGACCUUGAGGUGGUACGUGAUUCAUUUGUGUUAAACAAUGUUAAUGAAAUCAUUAGUCUACUUUUCCUCUAAGCUAUAUUUCACUGUGGUACUGAACAUGUAGGUUUGAUGAGUAGAAAUAUCCACCUUGAUAUGCAUUUGAGCCCCCAUACUGUCCUCCUAUGCUCUCUUUUGUUCCGAAUUGGAAUGGUGCGGUAUUCUGAUUAUGGCUAUCUGAAUAUGUAUGACCCAUUUCAUAGGGACUAUGUGAUAGUAUAGUAUAUCCCUUGCAUGCCCAAGGCUUUGAUUCUUACCCACAUUUUCACCCAUGUCUUUGCUGUUCUAUAGUUUAUUUUCUCAGCGCACUGCAUGCAGACCAUUGGCUUUUAGUCCAAUUCCUCAAUUCCAUUGAUUCUUGGACAAUCACUUUUGGGAAGAGCACUGCAAAUGACUAUUUUCCUUGAGUAGCUCUUAACUGACAGUAGGCGUUGUGCCAUGCUGCCUAAUGCAUCAAGUGUCCGUCCCAAUGUCUUCCACACACACCUAAUACCAUUCAGCCACGUAUCCAUUUCCUUCAUCUCCCUGUUUCUAUGAUGAAAAGUGACCCCCUUUAUCUGAUAGUCAGGUAACUCGUCCAUGUAACCACCCAGCCCCAGGAGAAUCCAUUUUGAUUUGAAAGGCGAUUAUUUAUUAUUUGUUUUCUCUCACGUUGUUUGCUUUCAAGUUACUAUCUUGCAAAUUGUUGGAGUGUGAAGUGCUAAAUUGCAUCUCAAAUGAGAUUGCAGUGUUGCGUGUCAUUUACACACAAGUACUUGCCAUGAGCAGAAUUACCAUUAUGGCGGAAGCAUUGUGCAAAAAAAGUAUGAAAACUCUCUAUGCCGAUUGAUAUAUGAUGUCUGGGACUUGGAAAAGUUCUGUGAAAUGAACAUCGCAGGAAACCUUAAUGCGAAAACUAGAAUUUAAUGAUCAAAGAUGAGGCUUUUAAACAUCUCUCCAGUGCUAUAAAAAAGAAAGGAAAGAUGAAAUGAUUCUUGAAACAUUGUCAGCAUUGACAUGGGGGCCACAUCUGCCAGGGCGGUCGGAACAGAAAGUGACCAGUGACCAGUGGGCGGUGUUAAACAAAUCAAAAUAUAUUUUGUAUUUGAGAUUCUUCAAAUAGCCACCCUUUGCCUUGAUGACAGCUUUGCACACUCUUGGCAUUCUCUCAACCAGCUUCAUGAGGUAGUCACCUGGAAUGCAUUUCAAUUAACAGGUGUGCCUUCUUAAAAGUUUAUUUGUGGAAUUUCUAUCCUUCUUAAUGCGUUUGAGCCAAUCAGUUGUGUUGUGACAAGGUAGGGGUGGUAUACAGAAGAUGGCCCUAUUUGGAAAAAGACCAAGUCCAUAUUAUGGCAAGAACAGCUCAAAUAAGAAAAGAGAAACAACAGUCCAUUACUUUAAGACAUGAAGGUCAGUCAAUACAGAACAUUUCAAGAACUUUGAAAGUUUCUACAAGUGCAGUCGCAAAAACCAUAAAGCACUAUGAUGAAACUGGCUCUCAUGAGGACCGCCACAGGAAUGGUUCCAUAUGUGUUAUUUCAUAGUUUUGAUGUCUUCACUAUUAUUCUACAAAGUAAAAAAUAGUAAAAAAUAAAGAAAAAACCUUGAAUGAGUAGGUGUGUCCAAACAUUUGACUGGUAGUGUAUAUUUUUUAAUACUUUUCUUUCUUGGACAUAAGACUGUAAAAUCACCAGGAAAUGAGCUCAAAGUUAUUUUAAUUUAGGAAAUCUGUUCCCAAGUAUUCCCACCCAUAAAUAGAGGCAUACAGUAUGUGAUCGUAUCCCAACGUUUUAAAUUAUUCUGUUUUUGUCAAAUAUUUGAUCUGUCUGGGAUUCUUGCGGUCAAUUUGCAGUGUACAAAUUAUUUAUAACUAUGUUCUGGCCCCCCGUCCAUCCGCUCAAGGAAAAAUCAGCCCACGGCUGAGUGUAAUUGGGGACCCAUGUUAUAGAGGAUUGUUCAGGUUUGCUUCAUCUCUGUUGUCCACGCUUUCAUCCUCUUGGAAGUGACCAAUAGCCAAUUCAAUAACUUUUCUUUGUGAAGCUGUCCAGGGUUUCCCAUACAGUUGCUUAGGUAGGAUGCUUAGCUCAGUGGCGCUCUGUCUAGAAAUCUUUUGGGAUCCUUUUACGUCUUUAAGACUAACUCUAUGGGAAACACUUGGUUGGUUUACUUUUGUGUAGAAACUCUUGUUUUCUUCUCACUCUAUUGGAAACACUAGGGCUGUUGACUUAACUAUAAAUUGGUGCUUGAUUUGGGCAGGAGCUCACCGGAACUGAGUACCGGCCCUUCAAAUGUUCUGCUGCUUGAGUUCCUGCACCUCUUAUAGAAUAUUACCUCAAAACUAUUGCACCUAAAUAUGAACAGUACCGGCACUCAAAAUGAGUACAGGCACUUUUUUCAGUUUAGCACUGCUAUAAAUUCACUCUUAACUUCUGUCCUACAGGAGGAACUACCCUGUUUGGGAACAGCGGGGCCAAGGCCUUUGGCUUUGGCUCCCCAGCGUCAACAUUCGGAGUGGGGGAGCAGACGGCCAGUGGGACCUUCAGCACGGGAGGGGGGAGCGUGGCCGCUCAGGGGUUCGGCUCCUUCUCCACCCCCACCAAACAAACAGGUAGGCUACACCUUCAUCCCAAAACAAGUGACAACAGUCGCCCAGCUCUGUCAACUCCAGACUUUUGUGUCCAUGGUGAUAUACACUACCAGUCAAAAGUUUGGACACACCUACUCAUUCAAGGGUUUUUCUUUAUUUUUACUAUUUUCUACAUUGUAGAAUAAUAGUGAAGACAUCAAAACUAUGAAAUAACACAUAUGGAAUCAUGUAGUAACCAAAAAGUGUUAAACAAAUCAAAAUAUAUUUUAUAUUUGAGAUUCUUCAAAUAGCCACCCUUUGCCUUGAUGACAGCUUUGCACACUCUUGGCAUUCUCUCAACCAGCUUAAUGAGGUAGUCACCUGGAAUGCAUUUCAAUUAACAGGUGUGCCUUCUUAAAAGUUAAUUUGUGGAAUUUCUUUCCUUCUUAAUGUGUUUGAGCCAAUCAGUUGUGUUCUGACAAGGUAGGGGUGCGGAGGGUGUAUACAGAAGAUAGCCCUAUUUGGUAAAAGACCAAGUCCAUAUUAUGGCAAGAACAGCUCAAAUAAGCAAAGAUAAAUGACAAUCCAUCAUUACUUUAAGACAUGAAGGUCAGUCAAUACGGAACAUUUCAAGAACUUUGAAAGUUUCUUCAAGUGCAGUCGCAAAAACCAUCAAGCGCUAUGAUGAAACUGGCUCUCAUGAGGACUGCCACAGGAAUGGAAGACCCAGAGUUACCUCUACUGCAGAGGAUAAGUUCAUUAGAGUUACCAGCCUCCAAAAAUUGCAGCCCAAAUAAAUGCUUCACAGAGUUCAAGUCACAGACACAUCUCAACAUCAACUGUUCAGAGGGGAUUGUGUGAAUCUGGCCUUCGUGGUCGAAUUGCUGCAAAGAAACCACUACUAAAGGACACCAAUAAUAAGAAGAGACCCGCUUGGGACAAGAAACACGAGCAAUGGACAUUAGACCAGUGGAAAUUUGUCCUUUGGUCUGGAGUCCAAAUUUGAGAUUUUUGGUUCCAACUGCCAUGUCUUUGUGAGACGCGGUGUGGGUGAACGUAUGAUCUCCACAUAUGUAGUUCCCACCGUAAAGCAUGGAGGAGGAGGUGUUAUGGUGUGAGGGUGCUUUGCUGGUGACGCUGUCUGUGAUUUAUUUAGAAUUCAAGGCACACUUAACCAGCAUGGCUACCACAGCAUUCUGCAGCGAUAUGCCAUCCCAUCUGGUUUGCGCUUAGUUGGACUAUAAGUUGUUUUUCAACAGGACAAUGACCCAACACACCUCGAGUCUGUGUAAGGGCUAUUUUACCAAGAAGGAGAGUGAUGGAGUGCUGCAUCAGAUGACCUGGUCUCCACAAUCCCCCGACCUCAACCCAAUUGAGAUGGUUUGGGAUGAGUCGGACGGCAGAGUGAAGGAAAAGCAGCGCUCAGCAUAUGUGGGAACUCCUUCAAGACUGUUGGAAAAGCAUUCCAGGUGAAGCUGGUUGAGAGAAUGCCAAGAGUGUGCAAAGCUGUUAUCAAGGCAAAGGGUGGCUAUUUGAAGAACCUCAAAUAUAAAAUAUAUUUUGAUUUGUUUAACACUUUUUUGGUUACUACAUGAUUCCAUGUGUGUUAUUUCAUAGUGUUGAUGUCUUCACUAUUAUUCUACAAUGUAGAAAAUAAAAAUGUUUAGAAAAACCCUUGAAUGGUGUGUCUAAACUUUUGACUGGUGCUGUAUACAGUGAGGGAAAAAAAGUAUUUAGUCAGCCACCAAUUGUGCAAGUUCUCCCACUUAAAAAGAUGAGAGAGGCCUGUAAUUUUCAUCAUAGGUACACGUCAACUAUGACAGACAAAAUGAGAUUUUUUUUCAGAAAAUCACAUUGUAGGAUUUUUUAUGAAUUUAUUUGCAAAUUAUGAUGGAAAAUAAGUAUUUGGUCAAUAACAAAAGUUUCUCAAUACUUUGUUAUAUACCCUUUGUUGGCAAUGACACAGGUCAAAUGUUUUCUGUAAGUCUUCACAAGGUUUUCACACACUGUUGCUGGUAUUUUGGCCCAUUCCUCCAUGCAGAUCUCCUCUAGAGCAGUGAUGUUUUGGGGCUGUCGCUGGGCAACAUGGACUUUCAACUCCCUCCAAAGAUUUUCUAUGGGGUUGAGAUCUGGAGACUGGCUAGGCCACUCCAGGACCUUGAAAUGCUUCUUACGAAGCCACUCCUUCGUUGCCCGGGUGGUGUGUUUGGGAUCAUUGUCAUGCUGAAAGACCCAGCCACGUUUCAUCUUCAAUGCCCUUGCUGAUGGAAGGAGGUUUUCACUCAAAAUCUCACGAUACAUGGCCCCAUUCAUUCUUUCCUUUACACGGAUCAGUCGUCCUGGUCCCUUUGCAGAAAAACAGCCCCAAAGCAUGAUGUUUCCACCCCCAUGCUUCACAGUAGGUAUGGUGUUCUUUGGAUGCAACUCAGCAUUCUUUGUCCUCCAAACACGACGAGUUGAGUUUUUACCAAAAAGUUCUAUUUUGGUUUCAUCUGACCAUAUGACAUUCUCCCAAUCCUCUUCUGGAUCAUCCAAAUGCACUCUAGCAAACUUCAGACGGGCCUGGACAUGUACUGGCUUAAGCAGGGGGACACGUCUGGCACUGCAGGAUUUGAGUCCCUGGCGGCGUAGUGUGUUACUGAUGGUAGGCUUUGUUACUUUGGUCCCAGCUCUCUGCAGGUCAUUCACUAGGUCCCCCCGUGUGGUUCUGGGAUUUUUGCUCACCGUUCUUGUGAUCAUUUUGACCCCACGGGGUGAGAUCUUGCGUGGAGCCCCAGAUCGAGGGAGAUUAUCAGUGGUCUUGUAUGUCUUCCAUUUCCUAAUAAUUGCUCCCACAGUUGAUUUCCUCAAACCAAGCUGCUUACCUAUUGCAGAUUCAGUCAUCCCAGCCUGGUGCAGGUCUACAAUUUUGUUUCUGGUGUCCUUUGACAGCUCUUUGGUCUUGGCCAUAGUGGGGUUUGGAGUGUGACUGUUUGAGGUUGUGGACAGGUGUCUUUUAUACUGAUAACAAGUUCAAACAGGUGCCAUUAAUACAGGUAACGAGUGGAGGACAGAGGAGCCUCUUAAAGAAGAAGUUACAGGUCUGUGAGAGCCAGAAAUCUUGCUUGUUUGUAGGUGACCAAAUACUUAUUUUCAACCAUAAUUUGCAAAUAAAUUCAUUAAAAAUCCUACAAUGUGAUUUUCUGGAUUUUUUUUCCUCAAUUUGUCUGUCAUAGUUGACGUGUACCUAUGAUGAAAAUUACAGGCCUCUCUCAUCUUUUUAAGUGGGAGAACUUGCACAAUUGGUGGCUGACUAAAUACUUUUUUCCCCCCACUGUAUGUUCAAAAGUGUUGUCCAACAAUGUCACAAAUAACCCUUCUGUUGUUAGACUUUAGGUCUCGAUAGCCUCUCACAAAAUAUAUACAUUUGUGAUUUGAAGAGUGUGUCAAUUAGAACGUUUUCAAGCAAGCAUCUUUUCCUUUCAAUUGAGAAAUGAUUGCCUUGUUGCAAGGUGGUAUUACAAGGUAACAGCACACCUGCAGAACUUGCGUACACAAUACAAGCUGGUACAGUAGGGUAAUUGUACUGUAUUUUACAAUACCUCCUACCCUCUGUGAACACAUUCCCUAUCACUAUCCCCUCCAGUCUCUUUGACUGUGAUAGUAACAGCUGUUUACGUUCUUGGCUUCGUCUCUGAUGUUGUCCUGCCCGCCUCGGUCUGCGGCGGGCGGCUCAGUGACAAGUGAGGGUCAGAGAGAGGGGCAGGUGGUUAUGGAUGAACACUCCACACAUGCAUCACUUCCUCUCCGGCCCUGUGGCGGCAGCAGCUCCACUCCCUGCAACCUCAGCUGCCCCCAGUGCUUGCUCUGCUGAAUUACAGCUAGAGUCACCUUAUCUCUCUCUCUGCCAGUACAGUGCUAGUGGAGCAUGGUUAGGCUACAUUCCACAAUGCAGCAUCUUUCCAAGCUAAUGAACAGUCUUGGCGUCUACUUGGCUAAAGUAGUCAUAGUAUCCAUCAAUUUAGUCAACGCAGUUAUAAUAUUUCCUCAAUCUAGCAAAAAAUCUAGCAUAUUUUAGCAAUUAGAAUCAUAGCGUUCCCCAAAAGUUAGCACCUCCGCAGUUCUGUCUUGGCAUUUUACUCAGCUAACUAUCAAGCACUGCCAAAGGACAUCACCUCUCCUAGUUAUAGCAUAGGUAGCAUCUACCCCUAAACUCUUGGGCCCAUAUUCACAAAGCAUCUCAGAAUAGGAGUGCUGUUCUAGGAUCAAGUCAUCCCUCUUAUUCAGCACUCGUACUCUGAGACGCUUUGUGAGUACGGGACCUGGGGGUUUUCGGUACUGCUGUCGGUUCUAUAGCUCCUAUCAUUGGCCAGGGUCCAAGGAAUGUAAUCCUUUUACAUUAGCCCAAUCAAUUAUUCACUGGGCCGUGCUCGUAGCCAGGCUGUAAUUUCAGUGCUCCCCUCUCUUUAUAACUCCCUUUUCAGCCCCAGAGAGUGUGUGGUUGGCAAUUGAUUCCUAUGUGUGUGAGAGCUGUGUGUGAGAGCAGUUGUCCCAUAACAGAAAUGGAGGCGUUGCAGAGCAGACGAUAAUACAACUUUAUUAAUCAUGUUGGGGCAAGUAGUUUCAGGGCAACAGCAGGUGUGACAUACACAUCCAUCACAAUUGAGGAAGAAGAUAAACGUUGCCUCUGUUUACAACUAUUUUUGAAGUAUUUACUAUUAUGUAUGGUUAGUAUUAGACUGUGGUAAGUGUCCCCUGAGACAUUCUGCCCUGCCUGCCCAUCUCAACGAAUUCAAGAAUAUUGCUCAAAUAUAUGUCAGCUUUAUUCAUGUAACCGUCCUUCUCAUGCAUUUUUAUCAAAACAAAGUUAACGAUCUUACCCUUCCUCACACCCCUCUCUCUGUACCCCUUCAGGUGGUUUUGGGAGCGCCCCUGUGUUCGGUAGCCCCCCUGCUUUCGGGGGCUCCCCAGCAUUUGGGGGGUCAGCAGCGUUUGGCUCGGCCCCAUCCUUCAGCAGUCCCAUGGGCUCCUCAGCCAGCAAGGUGUUUGGAGAGGGCACGGCAGCCGCCAACGUGGGAGGAUUCGGGUAAGAGAGACACCCCUCUUUAGACAUUUAUUGGAUAUGAAGAGUGAGAUGUUUUGUAUUCUUCUAAAAUGACAGCGUAGAAGAGCUGAAUAUUCACGAUAAUACCGACCAUAAAGGCUGCAGAAUGUCUUGCAACGUUUUUAUGCAUUUAUUGCUUUGUAUGGGAUAUUGUAUUGGUUCUGUUAUGUAUAUUAAAAAGCAAUAUAGGGACGAGGGGCUUUAGCCACCUGAGGGGUUAGUCAUGCACCACCGGACAUUCCAGCUGAGAGCACACUGACACCUCCUAGCCACUGUUUUCAUAUUCACACAUGGAUUUUGUCACCAACACUACCUGAUAAGUAAGUAAUACCAUGCUAACCCCCAACCUCCUUUCUCAAUUUGGGCAUAAUACCCUAAGCCCCGCUUGGCUCUACACUGGCACACAUUAAUGACCUUGACAUUUAAUUUAGAAAAGUCCACAAUAGUUGUGUAUUGAAGAUUACUUACUGCAUUUACGGCAAGUAUUUCUGGAAUUAUUUUAUCACAAGACAUCGGGGGAUGGAAAUCAGUCAGCUAUAACCACCUAGACCCCCUGCAGAGUCAACCUCUAUUCUGAAUUUAACCUCAAACCUCAUUGUAAAAUGAGAAAAUUGGAUUAUUCCUCCAUCCCCUCCUGCUCGGCUCCCUCUCCCCCUGGAGCAGCCCCCCUGCCACAUGCAGGCCUGCUGAGGCGCUGGGCACCUCUGCCAAGCCCCAAAUCACGGAGCCAUGCAGUGCUAGAUUAUUCCACCCAGAUAAUCCCACUCUGAGGUCAUACUGCCAGCAGAUUAAGAUGGGCUAGUUCCCCCCUUCUCUCUAUCCUCCCUCUCUCUCUCCCCCCUGUGGGUCUUGUAUUAGGCACAGGUCUUCUAGAGGGGAUUACCAACUAAACCCCAACCCCUCAAUCCUCUACCACGCCCUCCACACACUCGCACGCUUUACACCCUCUGUCUCCAGUCCUGUUGGCUGCAGGGAGACAGGAGCCAGCCUUGCCUGUGUGAACUCAUCUCUCUGUUUUUCUUAAUUUUCUCCCAUUCUCUCACUCCUUUCUCUAUUUAAGUUUUCAGGGUUUCAUCCUAUGGGGUUGUCAAAUGGUAGCAGGCCCAGUGGCUUGGUGUUUUUUAACUCAUUCCCUUUCUCAAUUCAGUCACACUUAUUUCAUUUUUUCAGUCUUUUUAAAAAUGUGUUAUUAUGUCAGGACUCGUGAGGUAAUAUUUUUAGCACUCUUUAUCUCACUUGUCAUCACCCCAUUGUCUUGUUUACAAAGAGAAAUAUCGAUAAAGUUGUUUACGAAUGCCUGUGCUAGUUUUGUUGUUUUCCAAACCCCUGCAAAUAUUUAUUGAAAGAUGGUUCAAUGAUAAAGUGCCUCAUGACUCCCUACAACCAGUAAAUGUCACCCUCCCUAUCUUUUAAAGUGGCUCCUCAAUUUAGCAGUGGGGUCGUACAGAGAGAUGAGGCGAUUGACCCAAGGGCGGUAGAGGUGGGCGGGCUGGCCAGCAAGAGAUUGCUCCUGUAUUGGUGUCAGAGUUCAGCCAUUAUUUAUGUCCAGGUGUCUACCCCUGCUGCCUCCACGAUUAAAACCAGCAGAGCAACUGAGCUGGCUGGACGGCCCGGACUAUUCUCUACCCCUCUCUCGCUGUCCCUCUAUAUUCUCACUCUCUUCUUUCAUGUCUGUCUAUUCUGCUGUCUUUUUCUCUUCCCCUCUUUUCUGUCUCCUCUCCGACCACUGCAACACACUUAUACACAUGCACAUAUACUAUACUAUCUGUCCUUCACCCGUCCUCCAUCCUCAUCCCCUCAUCUCUCUGCUGAUGUUUGAUGACUCUAGUCAAAUAAUCCUGGAGGUUCGGCUGUGUGACUGGCACUGGUCUUGUCUGUCUGUCUCACUCAGGGCACCUGAAGCCUCCAUGUCAGAACUAACUUCCCCUCACACUGUUCUACUACACAUUUAAACUCAAUAAAACAUCAAACACACUCAGCUCCCUGACUGUGUCGCAGCCUCCACACACAGAUCCCAGAUCAGUAGGGGAAGAGCCGUGGGAGCAUUAGCGAUUUAUUCCAUUGUAAUUCAAAUCAAAGCUUAUUGCAAAAUGCUUUGAUGUAAUGGGCUCUGAUAUUUUUCCAGGCAUGGCUGUUCCUCUGCAUAUUUUAGGAGCCUCUCCUCUCUGGGUUAGAAUGGUAAUGGGAACAGAGUAGAGGGACUGGGGCGGUGUGCUACGCUAGCUGUACUAGACGGUCUACAGACUAGAGAGAGAGAGAGAGGGAGGUAAGGAGCACAGAGCAUAGUAAUUCUACCUCUGACUGUAUGGUGUCAGGGGGGUCGGGACUGACGUAGAAAUAGAGUAUUGUACAGUGGAUGUAAACUGACCAGUGCCUCAAUAACGUAAUAAAUCAACUGUACCAAUGGUUAUUCAACACAUCCUCCUGAAAUGAUGAUUAGGCUAUUGUUAGACUGUAAUAUUGAAUAUUCAGUCUUUUAAUGUUUUUAAUCUUUUAUGUGUGUUUCGCUCCCCUCACAGCUUUGCUUCCACUCAACAAAGCACGCUGUCGUUUGGUGCUCUGGCCAACCAGAGUGCCCCAUCGUUUGGUAACCUGGCCCAGCAGCAGCAGGGGUCAGGGUUCGGAGUUCCUCAGCCCAGCGGCUUCUCUGGGUUCGGACAGCAGGGAGGAGGAGGUGAGUAGUAAUAUCUCACCCGUUCAGUUCUUUCAGAUCAUUGCGAGGACGCUGCUCUAGGCUAUCGAGAUGCACCCAAAGCCUUAAUUGACAUGUUCCCUCCCUAUUCUUGUGACUAAACUGUACCAACAGUAUGAAAGGAGUCAACCCCCAGCUUAGUCAUUUCUGCCCCUGCAGUCUCCUCCCCACUCCCCCAGCCACACUAAUGAGGAACAAAUAAACAAGGGCACAAGUCCUCGUUUGAAGCCCUGCCAGUGAGUCCCUUCCCCUAUUCCCCUGAAGUAAAGCCACUGGUUAACUAAGCCCAUUAGUGACUGUUUAAAUAGCAGUCAUUUAGCCUAGUGGCUAAUGCCAUCCCCAGCACUCUGUCUGCUGUGCAGUACAACAGGGCCACAAGAUGCAGCGCUAGGAUAAUUCUAGGCUAGGCUAGCCGUGGGACUGUUGGAAUCCCACAAGUGGCUUCCUAUUAACCCACAUUCCUGCUGCGGUCACGCGCCGCCAUGCAAGCUAUGUUUUUGUUUGCACAUGGUCCAGUUUUCCCAAGAUGGGAAGAGGAUGGUGGGAAGAACUCUUUCACUGUCUUACACUGAACAAAAAUAUAAACGCAUCAUGUAAAGUGUUGGUCCCAUAUUUCAUGAGCUGAAAUAAAAGAUCCCAGAAAUGUUCCAUACGCACAAAAAGCUUAUUUCUCUCAUUUUGUGCACACAUUUUUUUUACAUCCCUGUUAGUGAGCAUUUCUUCUUUGCCAAGAUAAUCCAUCCACCUGACAGGUGUGGCAUAUCAAGAAGAUGAUUAAACAGCAUGACCAUUACACAGGUGCACCUUGUGCUGGGGACAAUAAAAGGCUCUAAAAUGUGCAGUUUUGUCACACAACACAAUGCCACAUAUGUCUCAAGUUUUGAGAGAGCAUGCAAUUGGCAUGCUGACUGCAGGAAUGUCCACCAGAGCUGUUGCCAGAGAAUUGAAUGUUCAUUUCUCUACCAUAAGCCGCCUUCAACGUCGAUGUAGAGAAUUUGGCAGUACGUCCAACCGGCCUCACAACCGCAGACCACGUGGAUGGAGUCGUGUGGGCGAGCAGUUUGCUGAUGUCAAUGUUGUGAACAGAGUGCCUCAUGGUGGCGGUGGGGUUAUGGUAUGGGCAGGCAUAAACUAUGGACAACGAACACAAUUGCAUUUUAUCGAUGGCAAUUUAAAUGCACAGAGAUACCGUGACAAGCUCCUAAGGCCUGUUUUGAGGCCCAUUUUUUUGUAAGCUAUCUGUGACCAAAAAAUGCUAUCUGUAUUCCCAAUCAUGUGAAAUCUAUAGAUUAGGGCCUAUGUCAAAUCCUGUUAGGUCUAGAGGAACUAGAUCAGCAAUCACAUUAUUAUGGUUUGUGUUUGGCUGACUCUGGAACAGAGGUAAUAAGGUGUAAAUAGUAGUAACUCACCUGGGGGGUUUUCUUCCCGUUAUUAAGUCUAUAUUUUACCGUGUCGUUUUAAAUUGUCUCUACUAAUAAUUCUAGUAGAGAAUUAUACAGUGGGGGAAAAAAAGUAUUUAGUCAGCCACCAAUUGUGCAAGUUCUCCCACUUAAAAAGAUGAGAGAGGCCUGUAAUUUUCAUCUUAGGUACACGUCAACUAUGACAGACAAAAUGAGAUUUUUUUUCUCCAGAAAAUCACAUUGUAGGAUUUUUAAUGAAUUUAUUUGCAAAUUAUAAUGGAAAAUAAGUAUUUGGUCAAUAACAAAAGUUUCUCAAUACUUUGUUAUAUACCCUUUGUUGGCAAUGACACAGGUCAAACGUUUUCUGUAAGGUUUUCACACACUGUUGCUGGUAUUUUGGCCCAUUCCUCCAUGCAGAUCUCCUCUAGAGCAGUGACGUUUUGGGGCUGUCGCUGGGCAACACGGACUUUCAACUCCCUCCAAAGAUUUUCUAUGGGGUUGAGAUCUGGAGACUGGCUAGGCCACUCCAGGACCUUGAAAUGCUUCUUACGAAGCCACUCCUUCGUUGCCCGGGCGGUGUGUUUGGGAUCAUUGUCAUGCUGAAAGACCCAGCCACGUUUCAUCUUCAAUGCCCUUGCUGAUGGAAGGAGGUUUUCACUCAAAAUCUCACGAUACAUGGCCCCAUUCAUUAUUUCCUUUACACAGAUCAGUCGUCCUGGUCCCUUUGCAGAAAAACAGCCCCAAAACAUGAUGUUUCCAACCCCAUGCUUCACAGUAGGUAUGGUGUUCUUUGGAUGCAACUCAGCAUUCUUUGUCCUCCAAACACGACGAGUGUGACCAUAUGACAUUCUCCCGAUCCUCUUCUGGAUCAUCCAAAUGCACUCUAGCAAACUUCAGACGGGCCUGGACAUGUACUGGUUUAAGCAGGGGGACACGUCUGGCACUGCAGGAUUUGAGUCCCUGGCGGCGUAGUGUGUUACUGAUGGUAGGCUUUGUUACUUUGGUCCCAGCUCUCUGCAGGUCAUUCACUAGGUCCCCCCGUGUGGUUCUGGGAUUUUUGCUCACCGUUCUUGUGAUCAUUUUGACCCCACGGGGUGAGAUUUUGCGUGGAGCCCCAGAUCGAGGGAGAUUAUCAGUGGUCUUGUAUGUCUUCCAUUUCCUAAUAAUUGCUCCCACAGUUGAUUUCUUCAAACCAAGCUGCUUACCUAUUGCAGAUUCAGUCUUCCCAGCCUGGUGCAGGUCUACAAUUUUGUUUCUGGUGUCCUUUGACAGCUCUUUGGUCUUGGCCAUAGUGGAGUUUGGAGUGUGACUGUUUGAGGUUGUGGACAGGUGUCUUUUAUACUGAUAACUAGUUCAAACAGGUGCCAUUAAUACAGGUAACGAGUGGAGGACAGAGGAGCCUCUUAAAGAAGAAGUUACAGGUCUGUGAGAGCCAGAAAUCUUGCUUGUUUGUAGGUGACCAAAUACUUAUUUUCCACCAUAAUUUGCAAAUAAAUUCAUUAAAAAUCCUAUAAUGUGAUUUUCUGUAUUUUUUUUCUCAAUUUCUCUGUCAUAGUUGACGUGUACAUAUGAUGAAAAUUACAGGCCUCUCUCAUCUUUUUAAGUGGGAGAACUUGCACAAUUGGUGGCUGACUAAAAACUUUUUUUCCCCACUGUAUAUACACACAGUGCUAUGAAGAAGUAUUUGCCCCCUUUCUAAUUUUCUCAACUUUUGCAUAUUUGUGAUACUGAAUGUUAUCAGAUCUUCAACCAAAACCUAAUAUUAGAUAAAGGGAACAUAAGUGAACAAAUAACACAACAAUUACAUAUUUAUUUCAUUUAUUUUAUAAACAAAGUUAUGCAACACCCAAUUCCCCUGUGUGAAAAAGUAAUUGCCCCCUUACACUCAAUAACUGGUUGUGCCACCUUUAGCUGCAAUGACUUCAACCAAAUGCUUCCUGUAGUUGUUGAUCAGUCUCUCACGUCGCUGUGGAGGAAUUUUGGCCCACUCUUCCAUGCAGAACUGCUUUAACUCAGUGACGUGUGGGUUUUCAAGCAUGAACUACUCUUUUUCAAGUCCUGCCACAACAUCUCAAUUGGGAUUAGGUCUCGACUUUGACUAGGCCAUUCCAAAACUUCCAAUUUGUUGCUUUUUAGCAAUUUUCAUGUAGACUUGAUUGUGUGUUUUGGAUCAUUGUCUUGCUGCAUGACCCAGCUGCGCUUCAGCUUCAGCUCAUAGACGGAUGUUCUGACAUUCUCCUGUAGAAUCCUCUGAUACAGAACAGAAUUCAUGGUUCCUUCUAUUAAGGCAAGUCGUCCAGGUCCUGAGGCAGCAAAGCAUCCCCAAACCAUCACAUCACCACCACCAUGCUUGACCUUUGGUAUGAUGUUCUUACUGUGGAAUGCAGUGUUUGGUUUUCGCCAGGCAUAAUGGGACCCAUCCCAUUGAAAACCCACACGUCACUGAGUUAAAGCAGUUAAAGGGGGCAAAUACAUUUUCAUAGCACUGUGUAUGUAUGUAUGUAUGUAUGUGUGUGUAUAUAUAUAUAUAUAAAUAAAACAUGGGGGAUUGGAAGUGAUGCAGACAAUUACAUUGAUGGAAGUUACAAUCUAUCUGCAAUAUUAAGCUGAUCUACCCCCCAAAAAUAAUAAUUUUGAAAGCCAACUUAACAAACAGAUCACCGACCAUUUCGAAUCCCACCGUACCUUCUCCGCUUUGCAAUCGGGUUUCCGAGCUGGUCAUGGGUGCAACUCAGCCACGCUCAAGGUCCUAAACGAUAUUAUAACCGCGAUCGAUAAUAGACAGUACUGUGCAGCCGUCUUCAUCAACCUGGCCAAAGCUUUCGACUCUGUCAACCACCGCAUUCUUAUUGGCAGACUAAAUAGCCUUUGUUUCUCAAAUGACUGCCUCGCCUGGUUCACCAACUACUUCUCAGAUAGAGUUCAAUGUGUCAAAUCGGAGGGCCUGUUGUCUGGACCUAUGGCAGUCUCUAUAGGGGUGCCACAGGGUUCAAUUCUUGGGCCGACUCUUUUCUCCGUGUAUAUCAAUGAUGUCGCUCUUGCUGCUGGUGACUCUCAGAUCCACCUCUACGAAGACGACACCGUUUUGUAUACAUCUGGCCCUUCAUUGGACACUGUGUUAACAAACCUCCAAACGAGCUUCAAUGCCAUACACCACUCCUUCAGUAGCCUCCAACUGCUCUUAAACACUAGUAAAACUAAAUGCAUGCUCUUCAAUCGAACGCUGCUGGCACCCGCCCACCCGACUAGAAUCACUACUCUCGACGGGUCUGACCUAGAGUAUGUGGACAACUACAAAUACCUAGGUGUCUGGUUAGACUGUAAACUCUCCUUCCAGACUCACAUUAAGAAUCUCCAAUCCAAAGUUAAAUCUAGAAUCGGCUUCCUAUUUCGCAACAAAGCCUCCUUCACUCAUGCUGCCAAACAUGCCCUCGUAAAACUGACUAUCCUACCGAUCCUUGACUUCGGCGAUGUCAUUUACAAAAUGGCCUCCAACACUCUACACAGCAAAUUGGAUGUAGUCUAUCACAGUGCCAUCUGUUUUGUCACCAAAGCCCCAUAUACUACCCACCACUGUGACCUGUACACUCUUGUUGGCUGGUCCUCACUACAUAUUCGUCGCCAAACCCACUGGCUCCAGGCCAUCUAUAAAUCACUGCUAGGCAAAUCCCCGCCUUAUCUUAGCUCAUUGGUCACCAUAGCAACACCCACCCGUAGUAUGCGCUCCAGCAGGUAUAUCUCACUGGUCAUCCCCAAAGCCAACACCUCCUUUGGCCGCCAUUCCUUCCAGUUCUCUGCUGCCAAUGACUGGAACGAAUUGCAAAAAUCUCUGAAGCUGGAGAUUCUUAUCUCCCUAACUAACUUUAAGCAUCAGUUGUCAGAGCACCUUACCGAUCACUGCACCUGUACACAGCCCAUCUGAAAUUAGCCCACCCAACUACCUCAUCCCCAUAUUGUUAUUUAUUUUGCUAAUUUGCACCCCAGUAUCUCUAUUUGCACAUCUUCUCUUGCACAUCUAUCAUUCCAGUGUUAAUACUAAUUGUAAUUAUUUUGCACUAUAGCCUAUUUAUUGCCUUACCUCCAUAACUUGCUACAUUUGCACACACUGUAUAUAUAUUUUCUGUUGUAUUUUUGACUUUAUGUUUUGUUUUACCCCAUAUGUAACUCUGUGUUGUUGUUUUUAUCGCACUGCUUUGCUUUAUCUUGGCCAGGUCGCAGUUGAAAAUGAGAACUUGUUCUCAACUGGCUUACCUGAUUAAAUAAAGGUGAAAUAAAAAUAAAUAAAUACAAAAUAAGAAAAAAUAAGAAUAAGAAUAAGAAAAAAUAUAUUUAAAAUAAUUAUAUCUACAUCAGGGGUGUCAAACAUCUGGGGGGGGGGGACGAACUCAAUAUCAUUUAAAAUGACUAAAGCAAAAUAGAAACUGUAGAAAUGAUAAUGGACCUACAUUCAUACAGUUUCUUGACUGUGUCCAGCUCGCUAAUAAUCACCGAAAUGAAAGCUAGACAGUCAGAGAGCACUGAAAAUUCCCAAUAUGAUGGAUAGAGGACUGUUUUUUGCACAUUUUGACGACAAGGAAAUAUAAAAAAAAAUAUGUGUGUGUCCCUCUGGACCUUGAUGAAGACUGAAUGCGGCCCCCGGGGCAAAAUGAGUUUGAUCUAGAUUAAGUGUGUUUUUGUUUUUUUGCAGGCUUUGGGUCCGCUGGCGGCUUUGGGUCCAAUCAGUAAGUAUCACUCAUCUUUGUGCUCUUCUGUGUGUGGGUGGGUGUUUUGGUGUCUGUGUUCACAUUUGUUGUGUUCAUUAGUGUCUUUGUGCUUGUGUGUACAUUUGUCUGUUGAGUGAUUGAACCCUCCCUAUACACACUCGCUUGUGUGUCUCUGGCAGUAGUGUGUGGAGGAAAAGUGUGACCACAGCCCACUUCUGAGAAUCUGAAGGGCAGCACGAAUUCACAACAAGCUGCCCUAAUAUAUCAUCCCUCCUUCCCCCCUUCCCCCCUCCGGUACCUUAUUCAACCCUCACCCUUCUCCUCUCUAACACCACUGAUCUCCUCACCCUCGAGGGCUCACCCCAGACACUCGCCUACUCUAGCCGCUUCCCCGUCUUUGCUCUCCUUUUUCCCCUACCUCAUCUACCACUCUCUACCCUCUUCCUCUACCUCCUCCCUCUCCUUCCUUUAUUUAUCUCCACCCUGCUUCCUCCUUUUCCUCCUCCCUCUCUCCCGUGCCUCCUCUCCUUGUGCUGCUGUGUCACAUGGCCCCUGUGUAUCCCCCAGGGUGCAUUGCAGUGGAAUGCGAUCUGAAGUGCUCAGGAGAGUGUGGCGACGUGGCCCGAGCUCUGAGAGUCAUUCACAUGCUGUUAGAUAAGCUCCUCUCUCUCCCUCCGUUCCGCUUCACCCUCUCCCCUCCUCUUCUCCCUGUUCUCGUCUUCUAUUUCUCGCUUUCUCUUCCUCAUCCCUCCUUUAACCCCCUCAUUUCCGACCUUGCUCUCUCCCUCAUCCCCCCUUCUUACUAAAUUUCCUUCUCACUCACUCUCCUCUCUUCUUCCUCAUCCUCUUCCCCUCAUCAUACCCAUUUAUAAUGGUUGAUGAAAGCAAAAUGCUGCCAAAUGCUCUGAGAUGGGUCCUCUGUGUAUGUUUUAGUUUAAUUUGAUGCAACAAGAAUGUUUGCUUAAAGAAACAUGGUUUAUAUUAAUACUCUUUGACACAAGCAAGCGUUAGCCCUUUUUUAAAAAAUGUAUAUAUAUAUGUCUUUCUAUAUAAUGUUAUUCUGAAUACAUUUUCAUGAGGCAAAGCGUUUUCAUGUAUGCAGAACUUGCAGUACAUAACUGCAGGUCCUCCUCCAACCCAUAGAAACUGAUGCCACUCUUCAUGUAGCUGCCUCCUAGUAUUACUCUAUGGACAUAUCUCAAGUCCCUCUCAUCACUCCCACAUUCUUCCUCUCCUCCUUCUAGUCCCAUCCCUUCUUUCUUCUCUCCACCUCCCUCAGUCCCCCCCCCCCCCCCCCCCCCCUCUCUCUCUCAACCCUCUCUCUCCUUCUCUGUUCCACUCAUCCAUUUACGCCUCCAUCUUCCCUUUCUAGUGUGCUAUGUGUUGAUAUGUGUAUCUUGUUCCGUCCAGGACUCCCUCCUCAUAUAUGUUAUAUGUCCCUGAAUAUACAGUACAUACUUCCCUCACAGUACUGUGAGACAGCAUUAGUAUUCCUCAUAAUCAUCAGUCAGGGCAAGGCAGGGGCUAGGGGGAAAAGGCCAAACCAUCACACAACAAGGUAGCUAACUUCCCAAGCAGACUCCCCUUAUUUUUAUUUUUUUGGGGGGGUUUGUGUCUUCAUUGGUUGUUUUUUUUCAGAUCAUCUUCUCAAACGUUUGGAGCCGGUCCGGGUUGGAGAAGCUAGUUUUUGUUGACCCCUCCCUGGGCGAGUGCACCCCUGGUGUGUGUGACCAGCAACACUGCUCUCUGCAAUCAAGCUCUUUGAGUAGACGGCACCUGAAGGGAGAAGGGUGGCGAAAGGGUGCCUGGGUUGGGGUGGAAGGAAGGGGGGUU